AGGGAAACAUGUUAAUGACGCAAUCUAACGCAAUUUUAAUGUUUCACAAUCGCAACAAACAUUGCGAGACAAGUCAAGUACAUUAAUUACAAAAUAUCUCUUUCAUUUAUCAAAUUACUAAAACACGAUUAUUUGACCUAAUGCUUAAAUCCUUGGCUAAAUAUUUUACGUAUGCGUAUGUGAAUUCUAGGUAUUCUAGGCAGUUGGAGAGAACAGCUUCGUGACCUUCUUCCCUGUCAUUUAGUUUGACAACUAUCAAACUAAAGAUUUGCUUUACCACCUUAUGCAUGUUGGCCAGUUUGGUGAAAAAAUUGAUAAUCAAAUCAUGUCCAAAGCACAGUGAACGAAGAUAACGUGCAUGCGAAAAUGCAUGUUAAAUGGUUUGAAAUUAUGUGAAAUUAUAAUAAACGUUUACCCGGACGGCUGACGGAAGGCUGAAAAGAUAGUUCGGCAUCUUUCAACUAAAAGAAUAAUGCCGCCAGUACCAUACGAUGGUUAUUUGUUAUAGCCAUUGCCGUGUUAAAUGAAAUAUCAUAUGUUGUCAUGCACGGGCAUGUUAAAUUUUAUGUAAGCAACAGUUGAUCUAAAGCAUUCGCGAAGUAAUAUCAUUCUGUGAAAUGAAUUGAAUCAAAAGUUAUCUUUGGAUUGUAAGAAACGGUUGGAAUUAGCGAUAGCGAGGCGACUUUCGCAAGAGACGGAAGGAUGGCAAGGUUCGACUAUAUUACGCAGCAGAAUGUUUAUACAAAUAUGGCUUUUCAGCGCGCAAGUGAAGCAGACGAACAACAGACUUUAAGUUUUCAUCCUACCCUGUUUGUUGAUGGUACGGCAACACAUCUUCAAGGUUUAAAUGUAGUUGGUAGUGGCGGCCCAUCAGCAGCACACGGUUAUUCUGUUGAUCUGAGUCAGACAACGAGCUCAUCUCAAGUGGCAUAUACAAGCCCGCAGUCAAAUUACGCAGGGAUUCCUCCCUUUUCGUCGCUACUCACGGCAAGAGAUCUACUCCUGAGGAGAGAACAUCUCCCCGCGGCGCAACUGGCCAACAAUGCGGAUCAAACAUUUCAUCAUGGACUACAAGCUUCGGUCAUUACACCACCAUUUCAAAAUCAUGGCCUUAAUCUCGCCAUUGCGAGCCAACUGGCGAACACUCCAACACAACCGAACACGCAGGAAGAUAACACCGCAUCGUUUACGGCAUUGCGUCCUGUGAAUCAGGCAGAGCGACUCAAUAAUGCUGUCACAACCGAAGUUUCGACACACGUCAACCAUCCAACUAUGGUCUCAGCUGCGUCUCAUUCAACUACUGCGAACAACAUGAAAUCUGUGAAUGUUGUGAAUUCCCACGUUGAUACACUGACAACAGGCGCAUUCACUCCCUACUUUAAACCACAAGAAAUCAAACAAGAGCUGGUGUGUCAAUGGUUAGUAGCUAAAGGUAAAAUUGGUCAAUGUAUUUGCGGUGGUAAUUUCAGCAACCUAGUUGAUCUUGUGAAGCACUUGUCAAACGAACAUGUAGCAAACCCUGAAAGUUCCAGUCAUGUUUGUCGUUGGGAUAAGUGUAGUCGUGAUGGUCGAGCAUUCAAAGCAAAAUAUAAACUCAUCAACCAUCUUCGUGUGCAUACAGGAGAGCGACCUUUUGCGUGUCCUUAUCAAGAAUGCGGCAAACUUUUUGCGCGCUCGGAAAACCUCAAGAUACACAAAAGAAUACACACGGGCGAAAAGCCGUUCAUGUGCGAAUUUGAAGGAUGCAAUCGACGUUUUGCCAACUCCAGCGAUCGCAAGAAGCACUCACAUGUCCACACUUCAGACAAACCGUACUCCUGUAAGAUCGGAGGCUGUGAAAAAAGCUACACGCAUCCAAGCUCGUUGCGCAAACAUAUGAAAGCUCACUCGGCCGUGAAGGAAGAGAAUAUGAUAGAAAAUACAUGUAAGAUACUUCGUGGCGAGACAGAGGGAUUAUGUACGUCUCUGGCAGCAGGAGGUGCAUGGUACUGUGCUGAGAAACCCGUGUCAUUAACAGUUAGCGCAGCUGGAAACAAGUCGAACGGUAAUACGUCGCCGAAGAACAACCUUAGCACAGUUGUAAAAAGUAGAGUUUAAAAAGCGAACAAGCGAGAUAUUUGCAGUCAAAGAGAGAUAACGUUCGUAAGUUAUUUAUUCAAUACAUAGGACAACGCUUCUUUCAGGAGGCGUCAUAUUUUCUCUCUUUUCAUCCGCAAUUUGUUCAACUAUUCUAUUAGACUAGAUUGGUUGAAAUUUGCCCAGACAUUUUUUAUUGUAUCAUAAUCACAGAUCACCCACUUUGAAAUUUUCUAGUUUCGCACUUGCACGAAUAUUUUUGUGGAGACACAACACAUGAUUUGUUAUCAAUUGGGAACGGCGACACUUUAAAGCAUGUACGUAACAUAGGACUCAUAUUACACCGCGAACAAAAUAUUUGAAAGAUGAAUGACUUGUAUGAUUUAUAUAGAACUCGAUAAUGGUGUGAAAGAGAUUUGAAACAUUAUAUCAUUUUCUUCUUGUGUCUGUCUAUUAUAUCCUAGGAAUGCUCAUUACACAAAGACUUGAAAAAGCAAUCGAACGUCAAAUACGAAAUGAAAAAUCUUGUGUCGAAAUGUCGAAGUAUAUUCAACCACAUUUUUGGGGCCUAUAUAUAUGCAUGAUUCGAGAGUUUCACGUAUUUGAGAAGCUGUGACAAACGAGAACUAUUAAACUCAAUGAAAAGAGUUUUGUAAUUUUGUUUUGGCUCCGUGCAUAUGUUAUGAGUUUUCC